GUAAUGUAUCAAUAAAAUAUAAAAGUAAAGUAUAAAAAAAUACCUCAUUCUAUCUGAAAAACAAAGUUGGCCAUCGUAUGACUUUGACGCGCCUAUUUACGAAAAAACUAAUAACACCAAAAUAUGCCCCACUCGAUACCAUUCAAAUCUUCUAUGAAACAUCUUUGGCUACGAGCAAGAAUAGCAAGAAAAUAAAGAUGUCAAAAUUGACUAAGACGUCUUGUAUAUCAAAAACUAGAUCUAAUAAGGCAAUUGUGAAACUGUUUUUUGAAUGAAGACUUCAAAAGUAUACAAAAGCACUCCGCAUUGUUCUGACACCUCGACAAAAGUUUUUUUUUGCCCUAUGCCAUCAUUGAAACAUCCAAUUUGAUAAUAACUAAAAUUUUAUCGCUUGCACAAACUUCGUUCUGGAACAAAUACAAAUAUUUUUUUCAGUAAUGUCGUGCUUAGGCAGGUCAUACAACACGCGAGAAGUGGAACCACCAAAGAUCUAUAGCAAUGAAGGAAUCCCGAGUUGCUCUUAUAUCAACAGCAGCUUAGAAAAAGGACAACUGAAGCUGCGAUCGAAUCAACAGGACCGAUCACGAAACGUACCAAAGGAGAAGAGGAAAAUAGGACAAGACGACAGUAUCAAGAAGUAUUUGUCGAAUCGCGGUGUUUCUGGCGCGGAGUUGUUUGUUUCUGAGAAGUCGACCGAUUAUUGUCGAAGCGAAACGUCAACAGAAGAAAAAGUGCAGACCUGGCUGAAAUGUCUACCAGAUACCGAAGAUCUGUACGUUAACAGAGACACUCCAAUUUUGGUAACUGCAGACAACUCAGUCAACCCUCUUCGAAUCUCAGUUUCGCAGAAUUUGGGUGAUAAUAAAGCAAAGUCCUUUGAUAUGGACGAUAUCGAAACUCUGAUUGUAGAUAAAAGGUCUUUGAAUGACCAAGAAAGAGAUAGAAAUGAAUCAUGUGAUGAAGGUAGUGGUAAACCUGAAAUAGGAGCAUUUACGAAGUAUCUACUGGAAACGUACCAUUUCGAAGCAGGAAGCCCAAAGCCGGGCCCGUCUGGCAUAAAAAAAUCGCACGAUGAUGCUAAAGAAAAAAAACAGGAGGUUCACAGAACUUCUCUGAAAGAUAACUGGACCUCGGUCGUGCAACUCGGUAAGAAGAUGCGAACGAAGAAGAAAAAAUUCAAAGCAUUGAACGUGAGCAUCGAAAAAGCAAGAUCUCGAUCAUUAAACGAUACAAGAAAAAAAGAGACUGCGAAGUCGCUAGAGAAAAAUGAUCGGAAGUCUGAAAGAAGGCAAAACCGGUCCGAUUCGUUUGAAUGCAAGCCGAUGAUUAUUGUCCCAGAGAAGGAACGUUCAUUAAAAGAGCAGACUGUCGUUCAAAAAGAAUCACCUAUAAAAAGCGAAGACAUAUCGAUAGAAGGAAAUGAGCAGCACAACGCGUCCUUUAUCACAUUGGAAGGUGAAAGGGUGCACAUUGGGAAUUUGAACAACAACCAAAUGACCGAUAUCAUCGGCAUCGCGCCAUCCGAUAAACAAUUUGCAUUGAAUUCCAGCAGCGAUACUAUUAUCAUAGAUAGUGGGAAUCAAAUUCCAAGUAAUGAGGUAUACAAUGAGAGAACUACUUUAUCUCCGAGUAUGUUAGAUGAGACGCUCUUUGCACAAAUCCCAUUGAGUGAGCAAUUAUCCUUGAAAAAAUCUGCCAAGACUAAGUUGAGCGAAUCUUUUACAAGAGGUAGCGUUGAAUCGCAGUUGCAGACUGUGAAAUCGGACUUCAGUCGUCAGAUUGAUCAGAAUGAAGUAAAUACUAAUGCUAAGGAAAGAUCUGUCGAGACGAAAUUAAGCGAAUCUCCUGCAACUAGCAUUGAUUCGCAUUUGCAGACUGUUAAAUCGGACUUCAGUCGUCAGAUUGAUCAGAAUGAGGGAAAUACUAAUGCUAAGAAGAGAUCUAUUAACACGAAAUUGAGCGAAUCUCCUACAGCUAAUGUUGAUUCGCGGUUGCAGACUGUGAAAUCGGACUUGAUUCAGAUUGAUCAAAAUAAAGGAAAUGCUAAUGCUACCGAGAGUGUGGAUCGCAUAAUUGAAGGAAAGUGUUCUUUAGAAGUCGGUAAAGAGAGUCGUGGAUUGUUUACAAAUCCAGUCACUUCUCCGAAAGCGCUUACGAGGAACAACAAGAAACAGAACAGGCCGGUAGUCACGUUCAAAAAGCUGGGAAAGACUUUUAAGCAAUACAAGAAAAGUAUUAGGUUCUUGUAUUUAGGAUCGACUAGACGAAAAGCAAUCAUACCUUGCAUUUAUGGAAUAGAAAAAGUUCGGAAAAAUUGUGUAUGCGACAAUGUCGAAACCGUCCAGUUAGAGACCGAAAUGUGCGUGGUACCUGUGAAUUCUGUAAAGGGGUUUGGAAAGAGUAUUUCAGUCACGGUGAACAACACGCCGAUUGAUGAAGAAGUUGAAAAUAUUACAGACAUUAAAGAAAUGAAGAACGAGCAAUCCAAGGAAUCGGAUAAAAAUACUAAACCAUGUAUGUCGAAAGAAAUUUCAAACGUCCCAGGAAGAAGUCAGGAUUCGAACGUGUUGCUUAUAAGUUUGGACGUUAAUGAAGAGACGAAGGAAGCACAGGAAACUACAUCGCUUACCAGAGUCAGAAUGUUUUCUCCAAUGGAUGACUCACAGCUACAGUUUCUCAGCUUGGGAAGUCCCAUGAACGAAUACGACAAUGUCAAGACAAAUAACUCUUAUAAUCCUUCCGAAACUCCCAAGAAAAGCAAAAUUCAAACUGAAGAAGAAUGUGUUUGUUCCUCGAAUUCUUCUUCAGUCCGUCCAAAGCUUUCCUCUCAUCGAAAACGAAAGAGGGUAAACAGUCGAGAAACAAGUCCUGAAUUAAGCAAGCCUAGUGAACAAGCAAUGUCUACUUUCAGGAACAAGAUUUCUGCUAUGAAGGAUAAUUCUGACAACUCAGCAUUAAUCGGUGGGAAAAAACAAUACAGGAGGAUCUUACCAUUAGCUUCGGAUUCGGGCUCCCCCAGCGGUGUUCCCAAACUUCUUAAUAAUCAGUCCAGCUCUUCGAAUAAGCGAAAACGAGCCGUUUUGUCCGAUAGCGACGACGAAAUGGAUUUGAGUGUAAUCGAAAAUUGGUGCACAAGCGUUCCUAACGAUAAAUACAUAGGAAAAUGUGAAGUUUCUGACUCAGCUAAGGCGUCUAACGAAGCCAAAGACAAAUCUUUCUCAACAAAUUGUAAUAAAAAUUCUAGCAAACUGUCUAGCCUUCCACAAAAAUUAGCCGAUUUCGCGGAUAAUCGCAGCAACCAGAAAUGUAAUUCCAGUGAGUCACAAGGGAAAAAGAAGAUCGUUCUUGAUGAGGACUCGCCUGAUUUUGGCUCAACGAUUGAUAAAGUGAAGGACAUAAAAAACAAGGGAGUCGUUUCUAAAGAGAAUACCAAUCAGUGUUUUAUGCAGGACACUUUUGAUGAGGCUUUCGCGAAUGUGAACACUGCAGACUUGAUCGUGGAUGAAGAAAUGUAUGAGGAAAUUAAUAAAAAGAAUGAGUCAGUUUGCAAGAAAAGAAAACCGUCUAUAACACGUUCUAAUGAGAACAGUAACUCGGAUAAAGAGAACGACUUUAUGAUGAGUACAGGUAGAAUUAAAAUAGCGAAGAACAGUACGAUAGAGGAGAAUGUUGACCCUGUUGCUUCCACAAGUAAGACAUCGAUAAAGAUUCAUGCAAAUGAUUCGGCAAAUCAAAAUUUGAGUGGACCAAAUGAAAUUGUCAAAGAUUCUUUCGAGAACGAUUCCUUUGUGAAUGUCACGGAAGAUUAUUUAAUGCUGCAACAGUUCGAAGAGGACUUGCUCGGGAAAUCUUUGAGUUCGAAGCUCACUUUCGGAUGGCAACUAGGUACUCCGCAGAAAUUGAAGAGAAAUCAGAAAUCGAGUACAAAUCAGAAGGACGUUGAACACGAAGUUGAAGACGACGAUGGCGAAAUUAUCGAGAAUACUCCUGACGCGAAGAAAAAAAACAUGCAACUGGCCAAUUCGCAACAAGAAAUCGUGAUGUCUACACCAAAAACAAUCCUCCUCAGAUUCUCGAAUAGCCCAUCAACGGCUGGCAAAAGUUCUUCAAACUUUACUACCCCACCUAGUACAAGGAUUCAACCUCUCUGCCAGAGCACUCCGAAAACGCCUCAAUCAACGAAUUCUACGAGCUUCUUACGAAGACUUACAUUCAAGGCGAUCAGAGACACGGAUAAAUCUACAAAGAAUGCAGUCAAUGUUGAGAACAACCCAAGCGGUAAAAGACAGGGUCUCUGUUUUACGUGCAGCGGCCUGAUGGCCUCUCAAAUUGAGAACGUGGAGAGGCUGGCGCGAACUGUGAACGCAAGAUACGUGUCGCAAUUCGAGCGCGAGGUGACGCAUGUGGUAGUGAUGACGGACGAGAACAACGGGGCGAAUAAGACUCUGAAGUACUUGCAAGGGAUCGCCAAUCGUAAAUGGAUCGUGAGCUACCGAUGGGUAAUCGACUCGAUUAAGGCGAAAAGGUUGAUGGAUGAAGAGCAGUACGAAGUGGUGGACUGCAGGACCCUAGAGGCAGGACCUCGGAGGUCGAGACUCAGGGAUACCGAUUUGUUCAAACAGUUCGUGUUUCUCUGCGUCGGACCUUACACGGACAUCUCUGUGAAACAAUACCAAGACUUGUUACGUGCCACGGGUGCCUCUGUAGUUGAAUCAUUAAACGCUUUGGUAACUGAAACAAAGCUGAAAAUCAUCGUGGUUCAGGCCGAUACUUACGAGCACGAAAUCAUCAAGUGGUACAAAGAAACGAAAGCCAUAUCGAUCGACCACGAAUGGAUAUUCGAAUGCAUCAGUCAGUACAAACUGAUCUCGUUGUAUCCAUACCUGCAGGAAUUGUCGCGGCCAGAUGCUUUAGCGCUUGGUUUCCCGGAGUGCCUGCUCCAAGAAGACCCUGACUGUGACAGUGCUAGCACGAACGACGAUGUAACAUGUUUUGGACGAACAUAAUUUUCUUCGUUUAUUACUUGAUGUCGAGGAUAUUCAUUUUCUUUAAUUGUUACAAUUCUACAUUUACGUGACUCUAUGUAGCAAAUAUUUACCUGUUUAUUUUAUACGUUGGACAAUGACAUAUCAAAACCAGGUGCUUCAAUUCGCUAUAGGUACAUUUAAGUUAGUUUACAUAGAAUUCUUACUGUUUUCUAUUUUUGCACUUUUGAGAAUCGUAUAUGUGGGAUUAGAAGUGGAGAUAAAAAUAAGAGACUCUACUAAUACGAAGAUCCUUAAUGUUUAUUAAUUUUCUAGUCUUACGCCUAUGGACGCUACAACUGCUAAUCUAAUUUGUUAAUUAUCUCUUCGUAUCACGCCUUUGCGGAAACCACAAUUGUCCCCGUUGCCGCGACUAAUCAUUCUAUUCGAUAAUCUGAAAAUAGAUUUUCGAAGACGAAUCGGUUCUUAUCGAAUAGCGCUAUGCAGGGUGUCGCAGAAUGCACGACUUUCCUCUGAGGAUGAAAUUCUGAAUUGAAACUUCUACUUUUUCCUUCGAACACUAUUAACAGAGUUGUUAAUGAAAAAAAGUGGACCGUUGGUAUCUGCCUACUGUCAUGCAGCCGUUCUACAUGAUACGUUAUUGGUCUACUCUUUUUCGUUAAUAUCGUUAAUAUCGUUAAUAGUAUAGAAAUAGGUUGGAGAAAAAAAGGGACGAGGAACUUUCGACUCAGAAUUUUAUUCUGUGUUAUACCUUUAGAAGCAAGUCAUGCAUUCUAGAACACCUU